AUGUUGAGUCUCAAUAAAUUAAUUUACUUGAAUCCAUAGCCUUCUUACAAUUACAAGACUUUUGAUGGUCAUUAAAAACUUAAGCUAUUAUUUAUCAGAACAAAACAAAAUAAACAUUAAAUUCCUUGUUUAUUUAUCAAAGCCAACAACUCAGAUGAAUAUCUCUUGUAUUUUCAUAGUAAUGCAGAGGACAUGUAAAUUUUAUCUUAAAUUUAAAAGAGGCACAUGCUAUGAAUUUACAUCUGGUUUGAGUUAGGGACUCAAUGUAAAUGUCAUUUGCAUGGAAUAUCCAGGAUAUGGGAUUUACACAUAGGCUGAACCUUCUUAACAACAGAUUGAGAAGGAUGCAGAAGACGUCUUUAUUUAUAUUAAUUUGGAAUUAAGAGUUCCUGAUUCUAAAUUGACUAUUUUUGGAAGGUCCAUUGGAACUGGCCCAGCAUGCUUUUUAGCAUCAAUCUAUUAACCAAAAGCAUUAAUUUUAUUAAGUCCAUUCACUUCUAUAAAGGCUGUUGCUAAAAAACAUGUUUACUUUGCUGCAAACUUAUUAAAAGUAUGUAGAAAUUCAUCAUCCUUUCUAGGAUUAAUUUGAUAAUGUACAAAGAGCCAAUAAAAUUUCAUGUCCUUGCAUCAUCAUUCAUGGUAAACUAGAUAAAUUUAUUCCAAUUCAAAUGGCAGAGGACCUUUACAAAAAUUUGGCUUCUAAAAGAAAAACAUUUUUUUAUCCUGAAGAUAAGGAUCAUAAUAAUUUCAAUUUUUAAUAUGAUUUAAAGGUGAUUGUUUAGAACUUCAUUAAGGAAAUUGAAUAGUUGAAUCAUAUGUUUUUGCCUAAUUGA